AUGCCAAGUAUUUUUAUUCUUUUUAAUUUAUUUAUUUUAUUAACUCCCUUGUUGGAUGCUCACGCCAGGUACCUUGACUCUUGCAAAAAGCAUGAGGUGCAACCCAAUUCAGCAGUUUUAGCAUGGUUUACUCAGGCCAAAAUUCAGAGCUCCCACAAUGAGAAGUGUAGAAUAACAAUGUCGCUAGAUCAGCUAAAGGAUGCCGAUAUUUUGCCUCUAACCAACGUACUUAUGUCAAGUGACUCUGCUGAUAUUGAUGCUGUUGAUAUAUUUCUGGAAUUCUAUAGUGACUUGGCUAAAGAAAAUGUUAUGGCUUUGAUACAUGCUGUCAAUCAAAAGCUUCAAGUUGUUGAUCUCCAGGAUUUGUCGUUGGGGAACGAAUUUCUAGGGGAUCUCUUCCAGGGUUGCUUGGCUUGCCAGGUCUUCAACUUGAGGUCUACUCAUAUCCAGAAACUCAACAUCGUUGGAAGCUUUUUGCGGCUGCACACCCUCAAUCUGGACUUUUGUACUUCACUUGCUAGUUUGCACAAGGACUGUUUUUCUUGCAUGCCAAAUUUGAUGCGUCUCUCAAUGUGUGAGACAAGAAUUGCAAAUCUCCUGACAACCGCUGGUGUUCUAUCAAAACUUCCUGCUUUGAUGGAAUUACGGUUCCAAAGUUGUUUGUGUUGCAAGGACACUGGGCCAUGUCCUGAUUUACAAAGACAGCACAACUUACAGAGUGAGGUUCAAGAAAAAGACGAGUCUCUUGUGAGUGACCUUAAGAAUGUCACUAUUACAUUAAAGUAUAUAACUCAUCAUCGUUCACCCCUAUGCUUUGAGAAACAUUACCGGGAUUACAUGAUUUCAUCACUCCCUGGUUUGGAAGUUUUGGAUAAUUUUCCUAUUAGAAAGAUGGAAAAGGAAUUGGCCAUGAUGACCUCUGCAAAAUACUAUGAAUAUUUGCCUUAUAAUAGACAGCUCAAAGAAAGUGUUGUUAGUGUUUUGCAUAAGCGUGAAAUGGGAACAAAUGGUAUACACUGCCAAAAACCAUUUAAGCCAAACCAGCUGCAUCCUUAUCGAAAUGGCCAGAAUUUUUUCUUAAGGUCCCUUUGCGCUGCCAAACUUGGGUCUUCAAUGUGGCCACUCUUACAUCCACUGUCUAACUUUAGCCACACAUUUAAAGCAGAGAAUAAGAAGCUUCGUCCAAGGCAAUUUGAGUACCAUCCAUCAAACCCUAGUCUUAUGGUAUUUGGAACCCUGGAUGGUGAAGUAGUUGUUCUCAACCAUGAAAAUGGGAAGAUUGUUGGUUAUGUCCCCUCCAUAGGAGCAAUGAGCAGUGUCUUGGGGCUUUGUUGGCUCAAUAAAAAUCCAUCCAAGCUUGUUGCUGGUUCAGAUAAUGGUUCCUUGAAGUUGCUAGACAUCAAUUAUAUGUCACCAGAAGUUUCAGACUCCUGUUGCAGCUCUAGUGUUGCAACUUUUGAUGAUUUCGAGCAAUUGACUUCUCUUCAUGUAAAUUCAACUGAUGACCAGCUUCUUGCUAGUGGGUACUCAAAAGGUGUUGCUCUAUAUGACAUAGCGAGUGGAAGACGUUUACAGUUGUUCACUAAUAUUCACCAAGAACCAAUCAAUGUUGCCAAAUUUGCCCACCAUUCCCCUUAUAUGUUUGCUACUUCAUCAUUUGACCAUGAUGUGAAGAUGUGGGAUUUGAGACAGAACCCAAUGCGGCCUUGCUAUACAGCUUCAAGCUCAAGAGGAAACGUGAUGGUUUGCUUUUCUCCUGACGACCUUUAUUUGCUUGUUUCAGCUGUUGACAAUGAGGUUAAGCAACUUUUGGCAGCAGAUGGGAGGCUCCACAUGAAUUUUGAGAUAGCUUCUACAGGAAGUUCUCAUAAUUAUACCCGUUCAUAUUACAUGAAUGGAAGGGACUAUAUUGUUAGUGGAAGUUGUGAUGAGGAUGUAGUUCGCAUCUGCUGUGCUCAAACUGGAAGGAGACUUAGGGAUGUUUAUUUGGAGGACAAGGAGUCAGGAAAUUCAAUAUUUGUGCAGUCCUUAAGGGGUGAUCCUUUCAGGCAUUUUCACAUGAGUAUAUUAGCAACCUCUACUCGUCCAAGCUCCAAGUGUGAGAUUAUAAAGGUCAAUUUACUUGGAUCAAGUUACUAUGCAGAAGAAUAUUCUUAUGGCCAAUGUUUACACCCUUCCUGCUGUCUGGGAGGCUGAUAAUAUGUUUGUGGUCUGUUGUGCUUAUCUGUGUUUGUAUCUGUGUAUAUGUGAGUGAGUUAUUAAAAAGAAAUAUCGCAG